AUUAUUUUACGUUUUGUAUAAACAUGAGUACCUCAAAAGAAUCCGUUCCGCCAUCUGAGAAGAACGAGAAGAAAAAUGAUCUUGAUACAGAAAAGGUCCACUCAGCUAAUAAAUGGGAAGCCGUGGACCUUGGAGAUGAUGAUCGAAAGAAAAAAUUCCUGAAGCUCAUGGGUGCAGCUAAGCAAGAGCACCAUGGCCGAUUUGUAAUUGGUGACAAGGAACCAUCAAAAGCUCAUACCAGGAAUAAGCAGGAGACUGAGGAAAUCAACCAGCAGCUGGAAGACCAGUACAAGCACACGUUCGAACACCGAGUGACCAGAUGGUCCCAUAAGGGGCUCGGGUUUGAUGACGAUAAGGAAGGAGAGUCUAAUGACAAAAAAACUGACACUGACAAACCAGCAGCCCCAGAAAGUGAGAAAACUGAAAACAAACAGGCUAGUGGUGAUGGUGUUACUGGUGAAAGUAAAAAGAGAGAAAAUACGGAGCCUGUUCCUACUUCUGAAAGUCCGCCAAAAAAGCCGAAAAUGAUGAUGAAUUUUGUAAAAUCCACUGAUUGAAUUCAAGUCACUGUGUUUGUAUUUUGUUUUAAAACUGUAUUUGACUUUGGUAAUUGUCAGCAAUUUUAUGCAGCAGCGUCAAACAUAACUGAUUGUACAGUCGCAGUAAAUGUUUAUUAUUGGUGGAUAGACUCAAUAUUGCUUUGACAUAUUAUGAUUACUUAUGCACACAACUUAUAUGACUGUGUUCAUUUUGCUGAAAUCGUUUUUAAAAGAAUCUUUUCGAUUAAACUAAGUCACAAGUGAGAACAUUGCGGCUGGGUUUCUUUACAAUUCAUAUAUGAUAGGUAUAUGUUAAUGGUUGAUUUUUUUGUGGGAAGGAUGUUUUAAAAACACUUUGUUUCAAGACAAUUAUGAAUUGUGUAAUAAAUGAACCAUUUACAUCAUACCAUAAGCUUAUAUACAAUAUGAUUGUGUGAAUGAAGGACUAUUUCAUUUCAAACCAUUGUAGUAGUCCUUGUAAAAAAUUAUAAUAAAUUCUAAGAAGA